AUGGUGCUGCCUUUGAAGCUGGAUAUGGCUGGAAGAAAAUGGAGAGGGUUUUAUGUCAAACGUCACGAUGACGCGUUUUCCGGUGUAACUGUUCGCUUGACAAUGAAAAUGGCGUCUGCAGUUGUUGUUGUUGACAGUUCCACUGGCCAAGAUGUGAUUGCUGAGGGGAUGCUUGACAUGUUAAAACCAGCCAUCGAACAACUGGACCUGCAUGUCCACUCUGUCAGAGAGAGCCAAGUUGAACUAAGGGAACACAUUGACAAUCUUGCCACAGAAUUAUGCCGGAUAAAUGAACAUCAAAAGGUGGCCCUUGACCUGGAUCCAUAUGUAAAGAAACUUCUCAAUGCAAGACGAAGAGUAGUACUUGUAAAUAACAUACUCCAGAAUGCUCAGGAACGUCUAAGAAGACUCAAUCAUAACGUGGCCAAAGAGACUGCACGGAGAAAGACCAUGUUGGAGGCCUCAGGAGUGUUCACGUCACGUUCUCCCAGUAAACCCUGAGCAUCCAUGUCCUCUGCACAGCAAAUAUCGUGGAUUGCCCCAAUUUACAAGGACACAUCAAUACCGGCAGCUGUACCUUGAACAAGUUCACUCUUCCAUUGAUCUGAAGUUUGCUCUUUGGGGAUAUGCCGAUGUCCUGCGCUGCAUCAUCAGAUUAGUUUUGUCUUUAUGAGGAACUGUUUCCAAAAUUCUGAACCCCUAAUAUGUUAUCAAUUUUGUAAACUGUUUGGCGUAAAUAUUUGGACAGUGGCAGGACUUUUGUAGUUUUUUUCCCUUACACACCACAAAAGGGAAUUUACCUUUACUUCAAGAGGUUUCACAUUUAUGUACUUAUGUAUUUACUAUUUGGGUGUUAAAGUAUAUCACUAUAUUGCAUCCUUUUUCAGGCACCCAAAAAUAUUUGAACCAGAAUAUUAUUUACUUAAUAUUCACAUUGUGCAAUUGUCCGCCACUAUAUUUGUCAUGUGAUGAUUUACUGCAAAUACCAACUCCAGUAGCAACUUUUUAAAGGCAAAUACUUCCAUUAUAAUGGUAUACAUGGGUAUUAUCGUACAAAUGAAUUAAUACUAAUACUUCUGGAGCUAACAUAACAGUUCUACAAUGAAGAACUGUUGUGAUGUCUCUAGUUAGAUUGGAAAUAUGUUUGUGAUCAUGCCAACCAAAAAUUUUUUCCUAAUCCUUUCCCCUCAAUUGUUUUGGUUGCUUUUGUGACUGUAUACCAAUAAAAAACUGCAUUUUGAUCAA